AUGCCAACCAGGAUCCUCUCCAAAUACUACCGCUGCAUCAUCGAGAGCAUCCUGAACGGUAGCAUCACGGCCUGGUAUGGGAAUUACUCCGUCCAUGACCGCAAGGCCCUCCAGUGGUUAAUUUAUAGGAUGUCACCUCUACUGACGCUCGCCGUAGGACUAUUUGUCUGUCUGCCUCUGCUGGAGUUUGGGGCAGGGGCGCGACUUUCUCUCAGUGGCACAGUGAAAACACCAUGGAAUAUGACAGACAGGAUAUCAAACGGUAGCCGACAAGAGGGGUCGACAUCUGAACAUUUAGAUGAGGCUUUUGAAGAGCAGGUCUUCUACUUGCAGCGUCUGUUCCAUCAGUAUGGAGACAAUGGGACCCUGACCUAUAAGGGCCUGCAGAAGUUACUGGGCAGCCUGGGACUAGGGCAGGUCAGUGUGUUGGAGAUCAGCCACCGAGGGUCGAGGCACAACCAUAACACUCUGACACAACCUCACCCUCCUCAUACACAAUCUCAUGACCAUGACGAUCAGGAAACAGACACCCCCAGUCCUAGUAGGCCUGUUCAACCACCCCCCUCUGCAAACGCAGCCAGAACCCCACAGCCUGGGAUAUCAGGGUCUGCUGGAUCUAGUUAUAAAGAGGGCACCACAUUAUCCUCUGAUAAUGUGAUUAAGGAAGAGGUCCUUCCGUGGUCAUCCCCUAUUGCACACUCUAUUCCUGUCCAAGGAAUGUUUAACUCCCUUGUGUCAAAUCACCCCACUCAGAGGCAUCUUCAUGGGAACUGUCUGAAUGUUACUCAGCUCUUGUGGAAUUUCGGUCUGGGAAAGGCACCCCACAUCACUCCUGCCCACUUCACCCUCCUGUGCCCAGCUCUGCUGUACCAGAUUGAAAGUGGUGUUUGUCUACGCCACCCAGAGACUGAUGGGGCGGAGUCAGAAAGGAGUGUGACUUUCCUCAAAGCUUUGGGAUGGAGCUCCUUAGCUCUGGCUAUGAUCAGCCUGCCGUCUCUGCUGUCUUUGAGCCUGGUUCCCCUUCUGCCCCCUGCCCGCCUACGCUCCUUCCUCUGUCCAAUGACAGCCUUGGCUGUGGGGACGCUGUGUGGAGAUGCCCUGCUGCAUCUCCUGCCUCACGCUAAGACUGGGCCACUCUCAAGCCACUCUGAAGAACAGGACUCCAUACUGAAGGGCCUUUGUGUGCUGGGAGGGUGCUACCUCCUCUUCAUCUUCGAGAGCCUUCUAGGACUGAGGACCCAUUAUAAGAAAGUUAAGAGGAAGCGGAAGCAGCAGAACACCACUCUAAAUCCUGACCCAGAGAGGGAGCUUACUGCUCUGCAGAGCCCCACCGUUCUUGAGCAGACACAUUCCACUGAGCAGCAUAGUCAUGGUCAUUCACACAGCCCGCCUGGCCAGGAGCAGGUUGGGAUGGGAAGCUUGGUGUGGAUGGUGGUUAUGGGAGAUGGGGUACACAACCUUACUGACGGACUGGCCAUUGGUGCUGCAUUCUCUCAGAGUCUGGCUGGAGGUCUCAGCACCACCAUAGCUGUGUUCUGCCAUGAGCUUCCUCACGAGCUAGGUGACCUGGCAGUGCUGAUGGGAGCAGGGUGGCCUGUUCGUAGACUGGUUAUUUUCAGUGCUGUAUCAGCCCUACUGGGUUUUGUGGGCUUGCUAACUGGCUCUGUCCUGGGCCACCAGUCAGCCCACAUCUCCCCCUGGAUCCUCACCCUCACCGCUGGGGUCUUCCUCUAUGUGGCCCUCGCUGACAUGUUGCCUGAGAUGCUUCAUGGUGAUCCUGGCCCGAUGGGACCCUGGACUCGCUUCCUACUACAGAACCUAGGCUUGUUGGCAGGGGGUGCAAUCAUGCUGUGUAUCGCUCUGUUCGAGGACCAUAUCGCCUUCUACCUGGGUGACGUCUGAUUCAAUGAAGGAUAUGAGUGGAUCAGAUUCUAAACCACCGGAUUGGUUACUCUUUCAACUGAAGUGCAAUUGGCCAAUACCAAAUUACUUCUUAUCAGAGUAGACUUUGGUCCAGGAGGUAAUUUGCAUUACUACUAAAGGCCUGAAAAACAUGAUUUAAGAUGAC